UCACUUAGCUCAGUCGCGAUCGUGCUCUCGCGCCGCUCGGUCGUUCUUAUAGCUUUUUUUGCUGUGCGUUGUUAUUCACGCGGUUGCUGAUCGCUUUACUCGUGAGUCGUGCUGAUAACCGGUCGGUAUACAAACAAACGAUCAUUAGAGUACGGCAGUGCACACAUCAGGAUAACGAUCCAGACGUAAAUCCCCGAUUGAGUCAUUGAUUGGUACCGUUUAACAUCGGCAGUGUGUGUGAAAACACAGAGCUGCUAUCAUAUUGGAGCGGGCUAGGCGAUUAAAGUUUGCGUUGAUCUACGGAGUGUGUAAUGUGCAUUUGAUCGUUUUAUUCAAGCACCAUUAAUAAUCACCUUGACGCGGAGAAAAAAAAUCUGCUGCAACGCAUGAUCGAGAUGGUGGUUCCAGAAAAUGGCUGUGGGAUUUUUGUGCGGAGUUCGGUGGUUUUUGCGAUGAUCGCCGUCGUUGUUUGUCAAGAUGCAAGCGUGGAAAGAACAACGAUAAAUGACCCGGGUCAACAAAUAAUGCAAAACAAAAUUAAUGAAGACUUCUACAAGGGAUCUCAGAGUUUUUCUCUGAACUUUUUUAAGCAAGUUAGUCUUCUCGUUGAUAGUGACCGCAACGUAACGACAACCAACAUCAUACUUUCGCCAUUGUCCGUGUGGAACCUAUUAGCUUUGCUGAGUGAAGGGGCCGAAGGAAGAACACUUACAGAGAUACUCGAUGUUAUGAAAGUGGAAGACCAAAACAUCAUCAAACAUCACUUCAAAACUUUCCAGAAAGCUAUUAAUGCUAACACUAGCGGAGUGGAUAUAUCUUCGGCGCAAUUCAUGUUCACGGACAAAAAUCAUCCAGUCAGACAUGAUUUCGAGCAUAUCGUAGACACGUACUAUGGCGAACAGCUGUUCGAAGCCUUGGAUUUUAGUUCAUCUAAUCAAUCGCUUCUAGAAAGUUUCAACCGGAUUAACAAAAUCGUUUCCGAAGCUACCAAAGGGCAAAUCAAACGAUCUAUACACCCAUCUGCUCUGCAGCAAGCGAGGCUGCUACUUCUUUCAGUAUUAUUUUUCCAAGGGGAAUGGACGUAUCCAUUUAAUCGAUCGCUGACCAACGAAAGCGCACCAUUUUACGAUGAAAGCGAUCGGAUGGUGGGCUCAGUGCCCCUGAUGUUCCAGAAGGCUGUAUUGCCGUUCGCAGCAUUCCGUGAGCUGGAGGCCCAAAUUGUAGAACUACCGUACGGAAGUGAACGUCAAUUGAGCAUGCUCGUGAUCCUUCCACGAAAAGGAGUUCCACUGCACGAGGUCGUGCGUAGAUUGGCAGAUUUCAACAUGGAAAUGAUCUACAGUGAGCUAAAGCAAGCGGCUGAGGAGUACGAAGAUGACGAGGUGGAAGUCUUUCUUCCUCGGUUUCAAAUUUCCUCCGAUUACACUUUGAAAUCAGUAUUGUUUAAUAUGGGCAUGAAGGACGCAUUCCAUGAACACAUUGCGCUAUUUGACAAAAUUGCCAGCGACAUAUUUGUGAAUGAUGUUUUCCAGAAGAACAAAAUUAUCGUCAACGAAGAAGGAACGACUGCUUCAUCGGUGACUGCUGCCAUUUUCGUGAACAAGGCAACUCCACCAAGGUUUAUUGCAAAUCGUCCGUUUGCGUUUCUGAUUGUCGAUAAACGUAACGAUCUGAUCCUUUUUAUGGGUCAGGUGAAGAAUCCUGGGAUGCUGAGAGUUUAGGAGCUUUACAUGACUGCAGUUGGCACGAGAUACCCAAUAAAGUCUUAGAAUUUAAUGACAAACGAC